AAUAGCCCAGUGUGUGGUGAGGCGAUGAUUUGUAGGCAUCCUGUUUCUCUCGGUCUGCUGCUGCUAUGUGAUAGCUGGAGUUUUAUUCCGUGUCUCAGUCGGCAGACACGCUGCCUCCCCUGCCAAGCGGUACGAAGCCAGUCUGACUGCGAGGAUGGCCAGAUGAAGUGGUGCCCUGCUAUCUGCAACUGAGUUCAACUGGGGUUGAACGGGCAUCAUGUAGGCCUGUUAGGGGAUGAAACCAAAGGGCUGAUAGAUUGCUGGCUGCAGUUACCUUGUAUAGCUCUCUUCUUGGAGGUGUUAAUAAAUGCUCAAGAUGAUUCCAAUAAUCUGCCUGGCGAUGCUGCUUCCUGAAGUGGCUCACUCGGCUCAGGGUCACUAUGCCCACAAGCUUCUGAGUGAUUUGAUGGAGAAUUAUUCCAGUGCUCUGCGGCCUGUCGACGACACGGACCUAGCCCUCAACGUCACCUUACAGAUCACCCUCUCUCAGAUUAAAGACAUGGAUGAGAGGAACCAGGUGCUGAUUGCCUACCUGUGGAUCAGGCAGACGUGGCAUGAUGCCUACCUCAGGUGGGAUAAAGAAGACUAUGACGGGCUGGAGGUGAUUCACAUCCCCAGCAGCCUUGUGUGGAGGCCCGACCUCGUCCUCUAUAACAAAGCUGACGAUGACUUCUCAGGGCCAAUGGACACCAACGUGAGGCUGCGCUAUAAUGGCGAGAUAACCUGGGAUGCUCCUGCUAUCACCAAGAGCUCCUGUGUGGUCGACGUCUCCUACUUCCCCUUCGACAGCCAGGAAUGUAACCUGACGUUUGGGUCUUGGACCUACAAUGGCAACCAGGUAGACAUCAUUAUGGGCAUGGACAGUGGUGACCUGUCUGACUUUGUGGAAAAUGUGGAGUGGGAGUGCCACGGGAUGCCGGCCACCAAGAAUGUCAUCAUGUAUGGCUGCUGCUCCGACCCGUAUCCAGACAUCACCUAUACGGUGCUCCUGCAGCGCCGCUCCUCCUUUUACAUCUUCAACCUCCUCCUCCCCUGCUUCCUCAUCUCCUUCUUGGCUCCUCUGGGUUUCUACCUGCCUGCAGACUCUGGGGAAAAGGUUUCCCUCGGAGUGACCGUUCUCCUGGCUCUCACUGUGUUCCAGCUGAUGGUGGCUGAGAGCAUGCCUCCAUCUGAGAGCGUGCCCCUGAUAGGGAAGUACUACAUUGCCACUAUGACCAUGGUCACAGCCUCCACAUCUCUCACCAUCUUCAUCAUGAACAUCCACUUCUGUGGUGCAGAGGCCAAACCAGUCCCUCACUGGGCAAAAGUUCUCAUCAUUGACUACAUGUCCAAGAUUUUCUUUGUUUACGAGGUGGGUGAGAACUGUGCCUCUGCGUCCUCUUCUUCCUCAUCUUCCAACUUCCCACAGGACGACAGCCGUCACCAGCACCUCAACUCUCACGUCCAUGCAAAUGGUAAACCAGGGGGGCACAGUAGCCGACAGGAGUGGCAGGGUCGCAAAUACCCCAGACCGCAGACCCCAAAGCCGCAGCACCACCCCAGAGUAAAAGCCCAGCACCACAUCACCAGAGAGGAGCGGAGCCACUUGUCCAGCUUUGCACCUGGAAAAUACGAAGGCUCGAAUGGGAAAAUCCCGACAGGUGAAUGCUACAAGGAAGACCAGAAGGUCCCCUGUUACCCCGACGACCAAAAGCUUCCCUGCUGCCCCGAAGACAAAAAGCUUCCACCUCAUGGCCCCACUGUUACCUUCGGCCCCUGUCUGUUCUGCAGCCAUGCUAGUGGCUUCCCCGGUGUGGACACCAAGCUGGUGCGCAAUGUUGAGUAUAUUGCCAACUGUUUCCGGGAGCAGAGGGCCACGUGCGCCAAAGGGGCGGAAUGGAAGAAGAUUGCUAAGGUGAUGGACAGAUUCUUCAUGUGGAUCUUCUUCGUCAUGGUCUUCCUCAUGAGCAUCCUCAUCAUUGGCAAGGCCCCAUGAAACUAGCUGUUUUUUUUGUUUUUUUUUAGAUAUUUGACUCAAUGAACUCUUUUUAGUCAAAUAAAAAGGGACUAUUUAUUCUUUUUUAUAAACAUGUAGGUAGAGAGAUAUAUGGAUUUUGUAGCUUUUUCUUUAUUUAAGGGAUAGUUUGGAUUUUCUCGAGGUGGGGCUGUACCUAAAAAAAAAAAAUCAUUGUCAGUUGAAGUAUACACUAUAUUUGUAAUAUAUUUCUACUGCUUUACCUUGCCAUCAGACAGCCAUUUCUGAUAGGAAACUGAAGCUGUUAUCUGUGCUCUCUUUAGUCAUAAGACUACUUUGACAAAAGCAGUAAUUUUACCCUGCAGAACACAGGAGUUACUGGUCUGUUGCUGUCUUGAUCAGUUACUUAUUGGUGACUUUGGUGUUUGUAAGGGUUAUUUUGGAAUUACCAAAGUCACACAAACUAAAGUUACUGUUUUUGUCAAUGGAGUCUGGUGCCAUAAGGCUUUAGCUCCCUGUCAGAGAGGGCUGUCUGACGGCAGGGUAAAGUGGUAAAAAUAUAGCGUACACUUAAUCUUAUAUUGAUCUUAUAGGUGGCCCCAGCAGUACAUUGGUCUGCUCCGUGGCUGCUUCUCAAAACUGGUGGAAUUGUACCUUUAAUAAUAACAUUAUAUAUUACAGUGAUUAGAAAACAAACACAUUUUACUUUGCCUUCACUGUAUAUAGCACCUUUCUAGUCUUCUGACCAGUCACUACCAGGUCACUACAUGUCACUUUCACUAAUGUGGCCUAGACUACCAGACAGGGUGCUACCUGCUACUCAUCUUAAAUGCACUCACACCAAUGGAAGAGCCAUCGGGAGCAAUUUGAGGUUCAGUAUUUUGUCCAAGGAUAUUUCAACAUGUGGACUGGAGAGGCCAGAGAUCGACCUGCUGAUAGUGGACGACCUGCUCCACCUCCUGAGCCACAGCUACCCCUAUCUUUGGCCAUGGACAUACAACACAUGCAUGUAUCCUUGAACAUAUACAGUGUUCAAACUCAUGACUUCUUACACACACUGCACAUAAUUUAGUAUCCUAUGCAUGGCAACAUUACAGCCGUCAUCUAUAAUGAAGCAAAAUAGUGGUGCAGAGAACUUAUAAUGAAAGGGGCAUUAGUAGCUAUUACGUUUGUAAAACACUCUGCAUGCACUUUGGAUACUUUGCUUCCUACAUUAUAUAAUCCUUAACAUCUCUACUGACAGCAUGUUGUAAAUGUACAACUUAUCACCAUCCCCAUCAAUCAUGGCUUUGAUAUACAAGCUCUUCAUCAUCUGACUGUUGAAUACAUGUGAGGGCAUCUUAAGUUAAAAUAUGAUGAGUGGAGACAGCACAUGUCUUAUUCACUACUGUGAAAUCAGACGCCUGGGGGCUGAGAGACACGGCGUCAGCGCAUGCUCCGCAUCCACAGAAUCAUUUCUGUGUUCAAAAUCAUCCGGUGAAUAGUUAAUGAGCAAGCUUUGUUUGUAGCGCAGCCAGAGCAGUGAGGAUGUAAGGUAAUAUGGAGCAUCAAUUAUGCAAGCUCACCCCCCUCUUCUAAAAACCCCAUACCCUGAACUUGGAAAGUCAAGUCAAUGUCUGUGUGUAUGUGUGUGUGUGCAAGGUGAAAGGAAUAGAAAAGAAUAAAGAACAAUAAAGAAGGAAUGGAAGCCUAAUAUUGUUGAUACCAGACGUGGACUGUAAACUACAUUCAUUCAAGUACUGUAAUUAAGUUUUGAGGCACUUGUACUUCACUUAAGUAUUUACAUUUUAGUUUAUAUUUCUACUUCACUUGAUUUCAGAUGGAAAUAUUGUAUUUUUUUGUACAAGACUUGUGUUGCAUUUAUAAGUAUGAUGUAUUGCUAUAGGUUUUGCUCCUUUCUCACUCCUAUACCUCUUUUAAAAUGACCUACUGCAGUAUGUAGGGAAUACAAUAAACAGAAGAGUCAGAAUUGUGCUAAAGAAAAAUGAAUUUUUAAGCAAUUAUCCCUCCCACAGUUUUCACCACAGUCCCUCCAUCACACAGUAGAGGGCGCUCAUUUCCCACAUACCAUUCAGGUAGUGGCUGCCCCAAAGAUUACUGUUUGAAGCUGCAUGUGGCAACAUGAGAGCACAAGAUCUGCACCUCAGAAUUAUUCCCACAGUUUUUAAAUUUCACUACUGAGAGGUGAAAAAAAGGUGUAUGUGUUAUUUAUUAGUCCUCCGUGUUAUUUUAUGGCAACAGACUAUGCAUCUUAUUCCCUGCAAUUCCAUAAUUAAAUCUGGAGGCUGUAAAUAAAAGUGAGUUAGUGUGUAAAAAAUGCUGGGGCAGCAGGCAGCAUGCCUGUUGAUUGUUCUGUUGAGUCUCUGCAGCGUGGGCUCUGUUGAGCAGAAAUCAGAUGGGCAGAGGAGUGAGGAGUCGCUGUUUUUUUUUUUUUAUCCUCCUCUCCAAAGUGAUUGUCAUGCUGAAACACGAUGCCUUUGAUAUAAGUGAGAAUAUCUUACAUUUUCUGUCCGAGGGAAGCCGACUGCAUUGCUUUCCAUUAGUGCUCAGUGAGCCGCAGGGGCCACAGCAGGCUGUAAUCACCAUGGGAGACCAGGAGAAGUGUGAACCAUGUAAUUUGGACAGGCAUAGCAGCCCAGGCACUGAGGGAAAGACUGCUGGGGAAAUUACCAAGUGCUUUACAAAAUUUUAUGUGCUGAAGCAUUAGUUAUCACCCUUUAGAUUUGCAAACAGAAUGGGAAAAUCACUGCGAUGAUAGGCUCGGCAGUGUAUUCACCAAUGACUAACCAGUGUUAGAACAGAACUAAGUACUUUUACUCAAUUACUGUUCUUAAGCACAAUUUUGAGGCUCUUGACAUGAUCAUUCCUAUUUAAUGCUUCUUUAUAAUUCACAAGAUAUUUGCAGAUUAAGCUUUUACAUACAAAAUAGGCUAUUCAGUCAUUUAAACUGCCCAGUAGAAUUAGCUCCAUCUCAACCAGGUACAACAAUAACAUGCUGUGGACACUUCAUCAAUCAUAGUAAUACAAUAAUAUAUUGAAUAAUAUAAGGGGACAUUUUGCAUAAUGCCAUGUAACGUAAUGUAUAUUUUACUUGUGUUACUUCACUUGGGCUAUUUUUAAAUUGCUGUAUUGCUUGUACU